AGGGCAUUGACAUGCACCCUCUUACCGCUGCACCGAUGGACGCUGCCACCGUUGGACCACGAAAAGGUAGCCGCAGCAAGAGAGGGAGAAAACUUCAUCCGGGUCCUAACCCUCCAACCGUGCCUUCUUGAGCGCUGUCUACUCGGCACAUCAAAGGAUUUAUACCGGUGGAAAUACCGACCCAGGCAAUAAUUGUAUUCUCCUGGCCAGAUGUAUAUGGCUAUCCGCAACCACAGAAUGACUUUCACGAAAUCGACGUGACGGCCAACUCGGCGGUGGUCACAUGGACCUCCCUCACCUGUGGGUCUACACCAGCAGCAAGGUCUGGUGCAGGAAUGGCUACUGAUGGUGUGACUACAUUUGGAUGUUGGGCGGUGUACUCGCCCUUCGACGGCAAUUGGGACAUGGAGACCGACGAUUUCAACGCCACGCACUUUGCUUGCUGUACAUGUUGCUCUUCCUGGCCAAUGCGCAGCCGGUAGAUGCGGAUGACUGGCUCGCGUCAAAUUCUUGGAGCAUUUCCCAGGAUGUCUUUCUAAAACCGCUGGGAAUGUCUGUGGCCAUCAAUAUCAUUACCAGCUUGGCGCUGCGGUUCAACCGCGUGCAGAUGGCAGUGAAAACCACCUGGCUGUUGAAGGGCAUCACCACCCCCAUGACGCAGAAAGAGAUCCAAGAGCUCAAGGAGGCUUUUGAUGAGAUCAAGUGUGAGUGCGCGGAGGAUGCCAGCCUAGAGAAUUUGACAGAGCCCACAUCGAAUGAAGAGCCAACCAGCAGUACCAAAGAUGCAGAUCGGCGGGCUGACACAGCUGUUUUCUCCAUCCUGGACGUCAUAGAAAGGCGGCAAAAACAAGGCGAUGCAAACUUUGGCAAGGCUCUUGAGCAAGCACAUGCAGCACAGAUUCGAAAGGCGUCAGCGGCUUCAGCGUCAGCGCCCAAGACCGACCGCUCACGUGCUGCGCGAGACGGAGAAGGGGAGGCUAAGCUGGAUAGUGGGAUUCGGCAGAGCGGUGGAUACCGAAUGACUGGGCCACUUUGAGGUUUCGGACCUCAUUUGUGCCGCUGCAAAUGCUGAAAAGGACACUGAUGUAGAUCCACUUUGCUGGGACAGGUGCAAGGGCUGAUUGGGUGCUUGCAGCCUGAGG